CUGGCCUUGACAAUAGCCGACACUGAGAACUGUCGAAAAAGUUUGAAAAAUGUUAAACUGGCGCUUUUGUCUUCAAAUCUUGCUAUUUAUUUUAAUUGUGUUCUGGGCUGGUAUUUGCAUUAAGCUGUCGUAUGAUGUUCUAAAGAAGCAUCCAGGUGAGCAUCGUAAAGGAACAGACCGAACCGAGUUGGGUCAGCAAUUGUAUCCAUAUGAUUUGAUGGGCGGCCGAGCGUCUGCCCUUCGCCAGCGUAACGCACUCUUGCGCCGCGAGGGCGUUUUCGACAAUGGCUACAGCAGUCGACUGGUGGAUCUGGUCUAUCGCACUGCCAUGAAGAGCACCAACGACCGCAGGCGGCAGGUCGAAUUUGAGCAGAGUGUGGCAGCCGCACGACAGAUUAUCGAGCUGGCCGGCGCGGCGGCAGACGCCGAACGCAUGGCCCGUAUUCGCCUGGUCAGCGGCGAAGACUCGGUGCCCAUCAAUGCGCAGGGAGCCAUAGAUGCGGCAGAGCUCGUCGCCGCUGAUGAUUACAACUUGGCGCACUAUACAAGACAAAAGUCAAAAAAGUCGUGAAAAGACUCCAUUGCUAAGUCUUCAAUUUAAGACUUAAUCAUUCCACUAACAUAUUGAAUAUUGAAUUUUAAAUAUAUAUAUAAUAUAUAUAGAGGGUACUCAGAAAAACGGUU